UGCCAUCCCCCCACCGCCGCCCGCUGGGCCGCGGGCAGCGUCACCGAGCUGGCCUUCAAGGUGGCCACCAGGGAGCUGAAGAAUGGCUUUGCUGUGGUGCGACCACCUGGACAUCACGCGGAUCCUUCCACUGCCAUGGGAUUCUGCUUCUUUAACUCGGUGGCCAUCGCCGCGAGGCAGCUGCAGCAGAAAGGGAAACUCGGCAAGAUCCUCAUCGUGGACUGGGACGUUCACCACGGCAACGGGACCCAGCAGAUCUUCUACAGGGACCCCGACGUUCUCUACAUCUCUUUGCACCGGCACGACGACGGCAACUUCUUCCCCGGUAGCGGGGCCGCCGACGAGGUCGGUGCUGGCCCUGGCGAGGGAUUUAAUGUCAACAUAGCCUGGACUGGAGGACUCGACCCCCCCAUGGGUGACCCUGAGUACCUGGCGGCUUUCAGGUGCCGUUUCUUGCCAUCCCGGAAUGACGAACCACGGCCACAGCGUUCCGGGCAGGGAGGUUGAUAACUCCCCUCCUCGGGCUUCACUCCUCCAGGUUUCGGCUACAUGACGAAGCAACUGAUGAGCCUGGCCGGCGGAGCCGUCGUCCUGGCGCUAGAAGGUGGCCACGACCUCACGGCCAUCUGCGACGCGUCCGAAGCCUGCGUGUCAGCCUUGCUGGGCAACGAGCUGGAGCCUCUCCCAGAAGAAAGCGUGAGGCAGAAACCAAACCCCAACGCCGUGCGCUCCUUGGAAGCCGUGGUCCAGGUCCAAAGUAAAUACUGGGUGGCCGUGCAGCGUUUCGCCUCCAAGCUGGACUGCUCCUUCCUGGAGGCCCAGCACCACGAAGCAGAAGAAGUGGAGACAGUCACAGCCUUGGCCUCCCUCUCGGUGGCCGUGAUGGUGGAGAAGAGGUGA